CAGUGCUAAUGCAAUUGUGCACCACUACAAUAAAGGUGUGGAAAUCCAAAAAUUUACAAAAAAGUGAAAAAGUAAAAAUAUACAUAUUCAGUAUAGAGUAUAAGGCAUUUAACUUUCACAAAUUGCAUUAAGAUAAUUGAAUUGUAUGAUAGCGCUAAGACCUAAUCCAAUAUUGCUGUGCAGUGAGUGAAAAGUGUGCGUGCCGUGAGUCGAUGAAAAGGCAUUAGCCGAAGCCAAAGCUGCUUAGUUGUAGGAACUUUGGGGAUCUAGCAGAUAAACAUGCCGUUGCCCAAGCGUUCCAUAGAGCCCGUGCAUGUCGCGCGAUCUGUUUACCAGCAAGAUGAGCUGCAGUCUGUGGAAUUAGAGACAGUCACAAAUACCACUCUCACAAACAUAAUACGGCAAUUGUCGUCGCUCUCGAAACAUGCGGAGGACGUAUUUGGCGAACUGGCACGGGAUGUGGGCAACAUUGGAGAUCGAGCCAAUUCCUUGCAGGCGCGCAUUGAUCGGUUGGCAAUAAAGGUGACCCAGCUGGACAGCACCGUGGAGGAAGUACCACUCACCGAUAUAACACGCAAGAAGGCGUUCAAAUCGGCGAAGGUAUUCGACCAGCAGAUCUUCUCACGGUCCACGAUGCCCGCCCUCAUGCUGGAGACGUAUGCCCAGUGCGACAAGCCACCGCCACUGGACAAGCUCAAUGUCUAUCGUGAUGAUGGCAAAGACGGGCUUAAGUUCUACACGGAUCCCGAUUACUUCUUCGAGCUGUGGCGACAGGAGAUGAUCAAGGAUACGGAGCGCGUGAUGCACGACAAGGGCAAGAAGACGCAUCGACCACGACAAGAAGGCGCUGGCGGCGGCCAAAGCAACCGUCACAACAAACGUGUUCGAACUCCGCACAAUACGCGUGAGAAGCAACGACAAAUCGCCUUGGGCCAUGGCGAAACUCUGAUGCCCAACAAUGUUAUCUAUCGCACGCCCAACGCAAUGCCAAAUGAAGAAGCGGGAUAUGGCACUCAGCUAAUCGAAAUCCAAACUGUAAACGCUGACUGCGAUAUUCAGCUGGGAACGCUGGCACGUCGAAGGCGGCCCGUACAUCAACAGCCGGCGAAUAUCGAUGGUGUAUAUCAAGUAGACAUGGGCAUCUACGACAGUCGCCCUCUGCGGCCCAAUUCAAUUGAGCUGCGGCGCAGCUACCAGUCGGAGCAGAUCGAUGGCACUGGCUACGAGCCCCUCACACCACAGACAGCGGCAAAUCAAUACGCGGCUGCGUACGGCACCAAUGGCAUCUCGGCAGCGUCCCACAUGCACAUGCAGCAGCAGCAGCAACAGCAACAACAGCUAUACGACAGCUCAAUUUACCAUCAGUCGCAUGGGAUCUAUGGGCAGAGCGGGCAGGGCGCAAUGUCGCCCGAGCAGAUCUAUGGACCGGGGACGCCAUCGCGCACAAAGCCACGACCAUCGCAGCCGCCACCAGCGCCGCCUUCGAAUGGCAGUGGCGGCGGCACGCCCACUGCAUCCAAUGCCAAUACGCCCACGCGCGGACGCAGCAUGUCGACGAGUCGGGACGCACUGCCACCGCCGCCGCCAGUGCCGGAUGUGGUGUCGCCAAUGUCGGGCAUGAACGGCAUGGCCGGUGGUCAUAUGGCAGCUAAGCUACUGGGCCGCACCAACAGCACAUCGCGAGCUGGCUCUCCGCAGAUGGCGCCCAGCAAUAGUGCCCAGAAUGCGAACGAUAUGGUCAUGGCGCAGCUGAGCAACACUUUCAACAGCAUGGGCAUCACAAACAGCAAUCAGCUGAACUCGCUGAGCGAUUUGCCCCCGCCGCCUCCAGUGCCCGAUCAGCACUCACCAAAAAUGUCGCCACCCAAUGUAGCGCCACCGCCACCACCGCCACCGCCACCAGUGGAGGAGGGUGGUCUCGGUGCAGUACAAAUGCAGUCACAUCCACACCAAAUUAUGCCCAAGGCAUUGGCCAAUGGGGAACUGCAGCUUUGCCAGCCAAAUGGCGGCUCACACAUUGUGAGUGCUAAAAAGAUACAGGCGCCAUUCCACGAUCCACGCAACGAUUUGAUGAAAGCUAUUCGAGAUGGCAUUAUAUUGCGGAAGGUAGAAAAGUCGGAGUUGAAGGAAAUUGAACGGAAUACGGCAAUGUUGGAUGUGGCAUCGAUUUUGGCCAGGCGAGUGGCCAUUGAGCUGUCUGAGUCGGAAGACUCUGAUAGUGAAGAUGACAGCGAGGGCUGGAUGGAAACCAAUGAAACCUCUGCUUGAUCCCUGAUGGCUUCGGUUAAGCCGGAUAAAAUUGCUAAAAACAAGAA